AAAGAUAUCGCUAAGAAAACAACACUCCAAAUAAGAAAGAGCUAGUUUAAGAAUGGUACUUGGAAAUUCCUCCAGUUCUGGUCACAAAUCUCAUCAUCAUCACCAUAAUCAUCAUCAUCGGGACUCGAUGAAGGAGUUCCGAGCUGUAUUUGAAGCCGAAGAACCGAUCCAGGGCUUCGAGUAUGCAGAUAUGAGGAGGUCGAAGAGCGAGAAUGUGGGCACGAGAGAGGUUGCAAAAGCAGAGGAUGUUGACAAAGAAGCUGAGCAAUUCAUCAAGUUUGAGCAUACGAAGUUCAGUAAGUGGAUGACUAAGAGCGCCUAGCGUAUGUGGACGAAGAAUAAGAAAUAAUAAGUGACAUACCAUAAUAAUAUAGAUUGUAUUAAGUGAUUUGUGUUCUUCUUCUUCUCCUGGGUUUUAUUUUGGUUUUGUAACAAAAUGGGUGUUGUUUCCUUUGCCUAGAAAGGUGCAUGGAAAUAAAGUCUAUACAAAUAGAUUGUAUUAAAUGAUUUGUGUUCUUCUUGUGUUUAUUUUGGUUAUGUAACAAAAUGGGUGUUGUUUC